AUGUCUGCCAAUGAGGGUGAUGUCAUUAAGAGGGAUGAAUUCCUUCACUUUUAUUGUCUAAGGAAGUCUAAGGACCCCGGCUACUAUGAGUUUAAGCCAUGGGAUAGGGCUUCUGGGUUAAUCCUUGAUUACCCCACGUCUCUCAGAAACUGGAAGCUGAAUUUCUUUUUUGUCUCUGGAAAUGGUUGGGAGUUCGUCGCUGGAGUGACGGUGAUAGGUGACUUGUAUUCUUGUUUUACAGUUACUCAACGUCCUCAUUUGAAGAAGAGGUAUCAGCUUCGUGUUGAAAGAGUAAAGGAAUAUUUGGAGACCGUCAAGGAUUUUGACGAGCUUAUCUCUCCUCAAUCUUUAAUUCUUCAUAUCUUGGGCCUGGAACAGUCUACUAAGGUUCGGAAAGACUUGGAAGUUGUGAAAAAGAAGAAGAAGGCCAAGGGCGGAACCGUCAAUGGCCUUUUGUCCAAGAAGAAGGCCGGUGACGUUGUUAAGAAAGAUCCCACAAAAAUGCCUCCUCCUGCCAAGCGCCCUGCCUCUCCCACUUCGUCACUAGAGAUGAUUGCCUCUGGUGGAGAGGAGGUUAGGACGAAAAAGAAAUCUGAUGGUAAAUCUUUCCUUCCUACCUUUUGGGACGAUGCUGAUGCGGUAGCUUUGAAGGCCCACAAGGUUCUUUUUGUGGACGAUCUGAGUCCUCUGAUGGCGAAGUCAUCUAGUGAAAUGAUGUGGUCUAACAUUCAAAAGCUUAUGCAGUUCUUGGACUUGGAAAAGAAGGUGGCUAUGUUCGAGCCUUUGAUCAAAUCUUUAUCCACCGAGAAUGAGACGUUUAAGAAUAAGGUUGUCAUCCUUGCUGCUGAAGCUGAGAAUGACAAGGAGCGUGUGGCAACCUUAGAAAAAAGCCUGCAAGUGGAAAAGGACUUCUGCAAGUUGAAGGACAAGCAGAUUGGUGACUUGGAGCUGAAGCUACCUAAUUUUGGGGCCACGACAGUGCAGGAUUUUAAAGACUUUGACGAGUACUCCGAAGAAUUAUACAAGUACUACAUGGAGGGCUUUGAUCUCCUCAUGAAGUGGAUGGCAAAGCACCACCCUGGCUUGGACCUUUCUGGCUUGGCUGUUGACAACGUUGAAAAAAAGCUUACGUCUGAUCAUCCUUCUGAGGCUACAGCGGAGAAUGUGAUGAAGGAAGCCACAAACGUUGUUGAAGGAAUGAAGGAGGCCAUUGUUGUAACCCUUGCAGACCCUGUCCUUGAUGAGUGGUAG